AUGGGCAUGUUUCUCGGUGACAUCACUUGUAUGAAGAAAGCGAAAAAUAAAUUAGAACAACAUCUCCAAGAUCCUAUAAAACACAGACUUUUGCCAUGGUGGACGGCAUGGACAUAUUGUAGAGGUUUGAUGAUAACUACUAUGAAUGAGACCACUCUUGAAUUAAUGUAUAUUAGAAAAGUGGAAGCAACUGACAUUAAAUUUUCAGAAUACAUGGCUUGCAUAAACUAUACUGAUUUCAUCAAAAUGUAUUUAUUUCAUAAACAGCACUCUAAUACAAGAGAGGAAGAUCAAUUUCUCGUUAACAGUUUCUUACAUUUUAUUACGAAGCAUGCGAAGAAUCCAAUUAUACUGCAGUAUAUAGUCCAGAAUUUUAACGAAAUAAAACUAAAAAAUGUUAAUAUAAUUGCAGCAUUAAUUAUUAUGAUUAAUAACGUAUAUUCCGAAUAUUUAGCUGAGAAAAUAAUGAUGAACGCUUACAGUAUUCUAGAAACUAACUUAGUUGAAGUAAAUAACACAAUUAGAAGACAUCAAAAGAAGACGAUAAGUGACAAUGUGAUUAAAGAGAUAUACAGCCAAAUUAAAAUCGGGUUUCAUUUCGCAAAAACAAAUCGAGAAGCAGAGACAAUAUUUUGA